UUGUAUGGAGAAUCCUUGUCUCUUUUGUUUAUGGAUAUUGUUAACCUCUGUGCUAAUUCAGGUGCAGGGUGGUGAUGGAAGUGUUGGGUGUGAUGAAGAAGAAAGAAGAGCACUUUUGAGACUAAGAGAUGCCUUUAAUGGAACCACUGCCCUUUCUUCUUGGGGUGAUGGAAAAGAAACGGAUUGCUGCAUGUGGGAAAGGGUUAAGUGUGACCAAUCCAAUCGCCAUGUCAUCCAACUCUCCCUUGGCGAUAUUAGGCUAUGGAGUAGUUCUGAUGAUUUUUUCCUAAAUGCUUCGCUAUUUCUUCCCUUCCGGGAACUACAGAAUCUGAGCUUAGAUUCAAACAGAAUACGAGGGUUCCAUGAGGUACUAAACUUAAGCAAGUUGCAGGUUUUGGAUUUAAGUUCCAAUUGGUUUGAUGAAAUUCCAAGUUUAGGUUUACUGCGCUCACUUAGGAUCCUUAAUAUGGAACUAAACAGCAGGAUCAAUACUUGGUCUCACUUUGAAGAGCUAACAACCCUGAAACAUCUGGAGCUGCUCAAUUUUGCUUUUAAUGAUCUGAGCGGAAAAAUUCCACAGUCCCUUGGAUCCUUAACCUCUUUAAGGUUUUUGUCAUUCAUGGGCAAUGACCUAAUAAGUGGCUCCUUGAAAGAUGGAGGCUUGUGCAAGUUGAGGAAGCUUGAAGAGUUGGAUCUGAGUUCAAAUGAAUUUCAAGGAAAAAUGCCUUCAUGUCUUGGCAAUAUGACAUCCCUUCGUGCUCUUAUUCUUAAAGACAAUUACUUGAUUGGAACACUUCCUUCUGCUGUUUUUUCUACUCUAACUUCACUCACACAUCUCUCUUUAUCUUUAAACUACUUUGAAGGUUCUUUCUCCUUCAAUUCAUCAUUUGGGAACAAUUCCAAACUUGAGAUCUUUGAACUUGAAAACCUUAGUAGUAACUUGACAGUAGAUACACAUUAUUGGAUACCACAACCUCAGAUCAAAGUAUUUCGAUUAACCAAUUGUAAACUCAAUGAGCCUGGCGGGAAUCUACCUAGUUUCCUAUUAAAGCAACGUGAGUUGAGAGUCCUUGACCUUAGACAUACAGGGGUGAGAGAAAUAUUUCCAACCUGGUUGCUUAUCAAUAACUCAAAUUUGGAAUUUCUCAGCCUUGCAGGCAAUUUCCUAACCGGACCUUUCACAUACAACAACCAUAUUCAAUCAAAGAAUGAAUAUCUCAGUUGGUUAGAUGUUUCUAUGAAUCAAAUCCAGGGGGUACUUCCAUAUUCUAUUGGCCUUUUUUUCCCAUAUCUGACCCUUUUGAACAUGUCUAAGAAUGCAAUACAAGGUCCUAUACCAAUGAGUUUUUGCAAGCUGAAGAAACUGAGAUUUUUAGACUUGUCAAAGAAUAAUUUUACUGAGACCAUACCUGCUUGUUUAGAUGUCUCAUCACUGAGAUACUUGCAUUUGCAUGGCAAUGGAUUUACUGGAUUUCUGCCAAAACUUUUGUCUGAAGCUUCCUCACUUGUGACACUAGACAUGAGAGACAAUAACUUAUCUGGCACACUUCCUACUUGGAUAAGUUCACUCUCAAAUUUAAGGUUUCUUCUCCUUGGUGGGAAUCAAUUCCAAGGUUCUAUCCCUUCCCAACUCUGUGACCUUAGGAACGUUAGCAUGCUAGAUCUUUCCUCAAAUCAUCUUUCUUCGGUUUUGCCUUCUUGCCUGCAUAAAUUACUGUUUGGGAGCAAAACAACCUUUAAUGCCAUGCUUGAGCCUAAGGUCUACGGAUGGGCUAGUUAUUGGAGUCUGACAACAUACUCGCAUGAAAGCCAACUUCAAAUAGACAUAUACUUUGAAUCCGAGUAUAUGGCUUCAGAUGAGGAGGAAGAAGUGGAAUUUGUAACAAAAAGUAGGUCUGAAUCAUACAAAGGAAGCAUAUUGAAGUACAUGUCUGGAAUGGAUCUUUCCUUCAACAAUUUUACAGGUCCAAUUCCUCAAGAGAUUGGGUUACUGAGUGAUAUCCACACUUUGAACUUAUCACACAAUCACUUUAUAGGCUCUAUUCCAACUACAUUUUUCAACUUAAAGCAGAUAGAAUGUUUGGACCUGUCUCACAAUAGAUUGAAUGGCCAAAUACCUCAAGACUUGAUAGAAUUGAACUUUCUGUCAAUAUUCUCAGUGGCAUUCAACAAUUUAUCAGGUAGAAUACCCGACAAUGAGCAGUUCUCAACAUUCGACAACAGCAGUUAUGAAGGUAACCCUUUACUUUGUCGGCAACUGUUGGGGAAAAGCUGCAGCAGCUCUAGCACAGAACCAUCUUCAGAGCCAAUUAUACAGAAUAAUGAUGAUCCAUUCAAAGAGACAUUUUUGUGGAGUUUUAUAGCAUCAUAUAUUGUAGCAUUUAUAGCUUCCAUUAUUGUUUUCUUAUGUUGUACUGAUUAUUCAGAACGGCUGCUUAUGUAUGUUCGAGCAAAAUUUGUAAUAAUUUUCUCUUUUUAA